UAAUCUACAGUUAAGGGAAUCAGUAAUAGUGAACGUAAUUGAUGGACGAAAAAAUGGAAAGCAUGUCUUAAAUGAUGGUUUGAAUCACUUUUAAAAUGUAAAACUGUUUUCAAUUGAAUUCAAUUGAUUUAAAUGUUUAUCACUUUUAAUAUUAAUUAAUAUAAAUAAUUGUAUUAUUUGUUUAACACAUUAAUCAACAAAUUAUUAUAAAUUUGAUCUCUUUUUUGACCACAAAUUGAUUUUUAUUGUGAUUAUUAUAAGCAUUAAAUUUACUGUUAAUUUAUAUAAUAAAUAGUUUUGCAAUAAUUAUUAACUAAUGGGUAACGUAUUGGCCGCCACAUCACCGCCACCGCCGCCGACGACAUAUGGAGUGCCGCCGAUGUCAACUAAAGAUGAUUCGGUCGGCAAAGUGGACACAAGUACUGCAAAUGACUUGAAUCCGGGACCGAUGGAAGACUUGCAUAAGAAAUGCAAAGAUGUAUUUCCGAUGCCCUUCGACGGCGCCAGACUUGUCAUAACUAAAGGACUGAGUAAUCACUUCCAGUUGAGUCAUAACAUAACGAUGUCAAACGGUGUUACAGUACCACCCGGUUAUCGAUUUGGUGCCACAUAUAUCGGUACAAAACAAAUAUCGCCGACAGAGGCCUAUCCUAUAUUGUAUGGAGAGAUGGAUCCGUCGGGUAAUUUGAAUUCAAGACUUUUGCAUUUAAUUGGCGAUCGACUCAAACUUCAAAUCGGAGCUCAAAUUCAAGAUUCGAAGUGUGUGUCCUCACAGUUGACCACUGACUAUAGGGGUCGCGAUUUCACGGCAUCGAUGACUUUCGGAAAUAUAGAUCCAAUUAAUUUGUCUGGAGUUGUGGUCAGUCAUUAUUUGCAAAAUGUUACACCAAAUGUCGCACUCGGAGGUGAACUCGCCUACCAGUGCGGACCACAUGUUCCUGGAAAUGAAGUGGCAGUUUUAUCACUCGCCGGUCGGUAUACUUCACCAAAUAAUUAUAUACUAAGCGGAACGUUAAGCAAUUCCGGGGCACAUCUCUGUUAUUAUCAGAAAGGAGGCGAAAAUAUUCAGGUUGGAGUGGAAGUGGAGACAAAUUUACGAAUGAUGGAAAGUACGGCUUCAUUUGGAUAUCAGGUGGAUCUGCCAAAAGCUAAUCUUGUUUUUAGAGGAAUGGUAGACACAAAUUGGACAGUAGGUGCCGUCUUAGAGAAGAAAUUACUUCCACUGCCCUUUACAUUUGCACUGAGUGGUCAAAUCAAUCACAUAAAGCACGCGACCAGAAUCGGCGCCGGACUAUAUUUAGGUUAAUAUAGGAGUUAACUAAUUAUCAUCUGUUUUACAAGUCAUCAAUUAUUAUAUCAAUAUUAGCACCGCUUCUAUUAUGAAGUAACUUAAAAUUGAUUUAUACAUUAUUAUAUAUAUUAUA